GGAAACUGUCAUGGUGAACGCUGACAGCAAGUGUGAAAAAGUGCACGGCUAGUCUUUCAGCGAACUUCAUUACGGGAUAGUUGUGAACCGCGAAAAUCCAAAGGUGAAAACACCGUCGACAGCUUUUUGUCAGCGAUAGUUUUAAUAUUCAUAACGGACGAUAAUUAAUACGGGAUUGAGGUUCAUAAAGUGAUUUAAUGUUCUUUGGUGCUGUUGGCCUGUUAGUGAUAAAUUGAUAGUUUUGUAUCGAUAGACGAAUCCUCUGGAGAAGGACAUUUUAAUCGGGUAUUGAUGAUUGUUUUCCCAUAAUUCUGCUCUGGAAUGGAUUAUAGAUUGUAAAGACUUCAAGUGAAUUUUCCGAAUAAAAAUCUACAUCUUCGAGAUGAACUAUUCAACACCUUAUUGUUAUGGAACAGAAAAUUGGCAGUAUUCUACUUCAGUUACACCAAUGAAACAAAUUGAAGCUUGUCUUCAAACCGCGGGCAAAGACAGAAAAGCUUAUUCUCCCCUGGACCAAGCAGAUAAUAUUUCAUUGGAAUCAGAGGACAAUGAACAGAACAACAGGGGAAACAGUCACAUCAAAUCGCAUUUGAAUAUGUCUUCUAUUUCUCCAGUGUUGAAUAAUGCAACAGCCAUACUUGAGAUGAAGCAUCUUUGGGACGAGUUCCAUGCCUUAGGUACUGAAAUGAUAGUGACCAAAGCGGGGCGUAGGAUGUUUCCCACUUUCCAAGUUAAAUUGUGUGGAUUAGAUCUACACUCAGACUACAUGCUGAUGAUGGACUUCAUACCAGUGGACGACAAAAGAUACAGAUAUGCAUUCCACAGCUCCAGCUGGGUGGUGGCUGGCAAGGCAGACCCAGUUUCGCCUCCUAGGAUACACGUCCACCCUGAUAGCCCAGCUACUGGAGCACAGUGGAUGAAGCAGACCAUCUCCUUCGAUAAGCUAAAACUGACGAACAACCAAUUAGACGACAAUGGCCAUAUAAUUUUGAAUUCGAUGCAUAGAUACCAACCGAGAUUCCACGUGGUAUAUCUUCCGCCCAAGGGCAAACAGAACGAACAGACCGGCGAAAACUUCAAAACAUUUGUGUUUCCGGAAACGACGUUCACCGCUGUUACAGCCUAUCAAAACCACAGGAUAACUCAAUUAAAAAUUGCAAGUAAUCCUUUCGCUAAGGGAUUCAGAGACUGCGACCCAGAAGAAUCAUCUUCAGAUAUUUCCCAGACUAGCCAACCUCGUCAAAAAGCACCUAGAUUGACGCCCACGAGUUGCUUGAUCAAAGACGACGAAUCCCAGGAGGUCAUACAAGCCCAAGAGAACCAGCUGACCCAUCCCAGUCUGUUCCAAAACAGAUACCAGAACCAGACUCAGAAUUCUUCGAUAUUCCAGUCGAACCUACUUAGCGCUAUCGCACAGCCUUAUUCUGGCGAAUUAGGCCAUUACGGUCCAGUCUAUCACUCCCACAAUUUGCUUCACUACAAUUCAAUGUACAACAAUGAUAAGAACCUCAGAGCCGGUAACUUUGGCAGGGGAAUGUACGGAAACUACUCAGGAUUUUAUGGGAAUAACGGAAAUUUUAGGAGUACGCCUCUGCAUCCGAAUACCUACGAUUUCACCCCUAGAUAAGAUAUGAUGUUUUGAGCAUUUCGGAUGUAGAAAUGUGGAUUUCUAAACAACGUACUUUCAUUGAGUUUAAGUGCUAAUUUGAUAUUUAUAUCGUUUUUGAGUCUAUUCAUAAUGUAUAAUCUACAACGUAAAACUAUACUGAUAUACUUCAACCAAAGUGCCUCGACUGAAGUAUGAAAACUAAAUGCUCAUUCCUAUGUUCUUCAUGUAUCUUAAAAUACCGGGGAGAAUUAUAAAUUACUGAAACGAAAUAAACUUCCAAUCAUCCAAAGAAUUAACUCGGUCAAGUUAUGUAUAUCUGACAUAUUUCCAUGCACGUCAACAGACUUUUAAAAGACUCUGACUGAUAGUAUUAUUAUUAUUUGAAUAAAAUGAAUCUGUCCCCAUUCAAAACCAAACCUGUUGAUGUUCAGUUGGGACAAUAGGCCAUAAGGAUUGAUUCAUGAAUAAAUUAAUACAUAUCAGCGAUAUAUUCGAUUCUCUUGAGCUUUGUUUGGAUUACGAAUACAGAUAUUUCGAAUGAGUACUUGUAGAUAAAAUGUAUAUUCAACCUUUAUUUAUUUAUAGAUAAAAAAUUCAAUAUGUAUUGUAUGUAAUUUGUCAUGAAUCUUUGUACCAUAUAUUUAUCUAUGCAACUAAUACCAAAGUGACUUAUAGAAUAUUCAUUUAAAAAAUUCCAAGGAAAAUAAAUAUUUAUAU